AAUUCGAUGUGAAUAUAAUAGGAACCAGCCUCACAUCCUUGCACAAUAUCUCGAGAAUGACGUCAAUAUCUCGACCCCUCUAGUAAAAGUAUAUAUAUCACGUGACUCUCCAAAAUCUUUCCUUUUUUACUGCGGCGGCAUAUUCUGACUGAUAUUAGCCAAGCAUCAGAACAAUCUCAAAAUGGGAAAAGAAAAGAUCCACAUCAACAUUGUCGUGAUUGGUCACGUCGACUCUGGCAAGUCAACAACCACAGGUCACAUGAUCUACAAAUGUGGUGGUAUUGACAAGAGAACAAUUGAGAAGUUUGAGAAGGAAGCAGCUGAGAUGGGCAAAGGCUCCUUCAAGUACGCCUGGGUGUUGGACAAACUGAAGGCAGAAAGAGAACGUGGUAUCACCAUCGAUAUUGCCCUGUGGAAAUUUGAGACCACUAAAUACUACGUCACCAUUAUUGAUGCCCCAGGCCAUCGUGAUUUCAUCAAGAACAUGAUCACAGGAACAUCCCAGGCCGAUUGUGCUGUCUUGAUUGUAGCUUCUGGUACUGGUGAAUUUGAAGCUGGUAUUUCUAAGAACGGUCAGACCAGAGAACACGCUCUGCUCGCUUUCACUUUGGGUGUGAAACAGCUCAUUGUAGGUGUCAACAAAAUUGACAGCACUGAACCACCAUACUCCGAGAAAAGAUUCCUUGAAAUCACCAAUGAGGUAUCCAAUUACAUUAAGAAGAUUGGUUACAACCCUAAAAAUGUUGCUUUUGUGCCAAUUUCUGGCUGGCAUGGAGAUAACAUGAUUGAACCAUCCAGUAACAUGACUUGGUACAAGGGGUGGUCUGUAGAGAGGAAGGAAGGAAAUGCUUCUGGAAAGACCCUAUUUGAGGCUCUUGAUUCCAUCCUUCCACCAGCAAGACCAACAGACAAGGCUCUACGUCUCCCACUCCAGGAUGUCUACAAAAUUGGAGGUAUUGGAACAGUGCCAGUAGGUAGAGUUGAAACUGGUAUUAUCAAACCAGGAAUGGUUGUUACCUUUGCUCCUUCCCAAAUCACCACUGAAGUUAAGUCUGUUGAAAUGCACCACGAGUCCCUCCCCGAAGCUGUACCAGGAGACAACGUUGGCUUCAACGUGAAGAACAUCUCCAUCAAGGACAUCAAGAGAGGAAACGUUUGUGGAGACUCCAAAAAUGACCCACCAAAGGGAGCUGCAAGCUUCUAUGCCCAGGUCAUCGUUUUGAACCAUCCUGGAGAGAUCAAAAAUGGAUACGCACCGGUAUUGGAUUGCCACACUGCCCACAUUGCUUGCAAAUUUGAGGAGAUCAAGGAAAAGAUCGAUCGUCGUUCUGGAAAGAAAUUGGAAGACUUGCCCAAAGCAGUUAAAUCUGGUGAUGCUGCUAUGGUCACAUUGGUACCAAGCAAGCCUAUGUGUGUAGAAGCUUUCUCCAACUACGCUCCACUUGGACGUUUUGCUGUACGUGACAUGAGACAGACAGUGGCUGUUGGUGUCAUCAAGGAGGUUACUAAGGUUGAAAAAGAAGACAAGAAAACCAAAGCUGCCCAAAAGGCUACAGGAAAGAAGAAAUGAUUAUUAGAGACCUUAGGAAAGAACUGUGGACUUCAUUUAGAACACUUACAGCUAUGCCGCCAUAGUCCACAGAAUUUAUUUAAACAUCCAAGAAAUCACUCUGAAAUAAAGAGUGGUAACAGCUUUUGUUUUAAGUUCUUACCAGAUAAGUCGCUUCUUUUUAAUUUCUGGACUACAAUAAUACAUAGAUAU